AUGAAUUUGAUUAUCGAGUUGCACGACGAGGAUGAUAUUGUGCACGACAAGUUUCGUUAUACUUUUGACAAUCAGGUAGGCUUCGAUAAUUUAAAAACAAAAUAUAUAAAAUUUGUUUUUUAGGAUACCUUGGAAAAAUUGGAAAAUUUAAUCUAUUCAAAGUUGCACAUCAACAUGACACAUCAAGAAUUGCUCUCCGAAUGUGGGAAACGAAUUUUGGAACCGGGAAAUACCAACCUUCAAUCUAUCGGACUGAAAGAUAGCAGCAAACUGAUUGUGGUGAAUUUCUUUUCUUUUUGAAUCCAGUUUAUUCAAAUUAUUUACCAAACGCAUUUUAGAAACACUGUCAUUUGGAUAGAUGGAAAGCGUAUUUGUCGGGUAUUAAAGGUAUCAAUAACAUGGGAGUUUCAAAGCCAACACGAAUGAGUUUUGCUAACCUCGCACUCUCUUAUUCAAAAGACUUAGAAGACUCUGGAUUUUUCAAUGCAUAUCCCAAGUUUUCCACAGAAUGGUUGGAAACUAAUAGACAACUUAGGAGGUUAGUUUAUAGUUGGACAUCGACUAAAUGACAUUUUCAGGUUUUUUAAGCAAGUUAGUUAAAAUAUUUGGUUCUAAUCUUAUUCAUAUGAUAGAAUGGUCUAAGAUAAACAGAAUGAUAUAAAUUUUGAUGACUUUACGUUAUCCAUAAGUGAUUUAGCGAUGUUUAGUCGAUAUUUAGUCGAUCGACUCGGCUUAUCGACUAAAUAUCGACUAAACGUCGCUAAAUCACUUAUGGAUAAGGUAAACUCUUAAAAUUUAUAUCAUUCUAUUCGUCUUAGAUCAUUCUAUCAUAUUAAUAAAAUUAAAACCCAAUAUUUCAGCUUUAAAAACCUGAAAAUGGUUUGAAGAAAAUUAAUGAAAUAUGUACAUAUUUCAGAUUCGUCAACGGAACGGAAGGUGCUUUGAAACAAGCCGCCACAACAUUUUUCUCCAAAAUGUAUCCCAAUUCGAAGAAAAUCGACUUUAAACCCAAAGAAGCAGGGAGUCGAGCUGGAAUUAAGGUAACAAUUACUGACAAUGAUGAAGAUAUCAAUUUUUAUAUGAAAAUGUAUCAUUCUACCGGCUCUGAAUUUUCUUUGGAGAACACAUCAAAGUCACAAUUUCCGGCUAUUCUCGAAAUGUUCGCAUAUCGACUUCUUGAAUUUAUUGAAGUUGGUCCUGUCGUAUUCUUUCCAUAUUAUGAAGACGAGAUAUAUAUUCACUUUAUUGCUACGAAAGAAGUCGCGGAAUUCAAGGAAUUGGACAAAAUUGAGGAUGUUAAUAUGCGAAAUAAAGUGGUUGUUGAGGUAAUCUUGCAACAUUAUUUGAAUGAGAAUAAACUAAAUUCCAUUCCAGGCUUACUUGCUCUACCUAAUCCUUGGAAUACACGACUUACACGAAGGAAACAUUGGCAUAAACAAAGAAAACAACCUAUCCAUCGUUGAUUUUUCCGUGCCGGAUAAUACAUUACGACCCGAUAUAUUUGAUGCUUUCAUGAAUAAGAAAAAAUUUGGGCGGUAUGAAAAAGUGAACGAAAUAUUAGCUCAAAUUGGACAUGAAGAGAGAAUGCAAAUAGCCAAGGAUGCACUUCCACGUUGGAGUAAAAUCAAUUGUAUGACAAGUGAUAUUAUUGAUGGCGAGAUUAAUGUUUUGCGGGAAAAACAUGGGCUGAACGAUAUAACUAGACACGUGGAUUAUCUCGAAGCUAUCAAAUCGAAUUAUACAACGAUAUGUUUAGCUUUACAAUAA